AUGACGUGGACAUGUGACUGUGUAUUCCGUACCGUACUCGCGGGGCAGUGGCCGCCUGCCACGUGGCGGGCGCGGGUUCGUCGAUUUUUCGCAUGGCGGAGGAGCUGGGCCUGUCCACAUGGCAGUGCGGGCGCUGCCGGAGGCCGAGAGGAAGUUGGUGGCUACGCGGGAGGGAGCUCGGGAGGGCGGCGUUGGCGGCACGGGAGCUCAACACAGACGGCGUUGCAGCUGCGGGCUUCGGCGGGCGUGGGUGCAGGCGGAGGUGCGUCGGCGGCACGGAAAAAGAAUUCGGCGGCGGUACUGUUCGGGGCGGCGGGUAGGAUGAGGUACGGGCUGUGCUGUAGACAGCAGCUGAGAAACCUUGUUUUGUCAUUUAAUCAUCUCACUGGCGUCUUGCCCACUUCAAUUGGUUGCCUUUCGAGUUCGUUAUCAGUUUUAAUAUUAGGCUCAAACAAAAUUGGGGGAAACAUACCAGAUGAGAUUGGUAACCUCACAAUGUUGUCAUAUCGAAGUCUAAAAGGAAACCGAUUCAAUGGGACCAUUCCAUCUGCACUCUACAGACUUCCAAAUCUUGAAAGAUUGUACCUGCACACAAACAAUUUACAUGGGAGAAUUCCAGAAUGUUUUGGCCAAUCCAAAAGGCUUGGAUUGUUGUCUCUCAGUCAGAACAUGCUUUCAGGGCAAAUUCCACAAGGUCUUGGUGCCCUUCCACACUUAAGAGAGCUUGACCUUAGUCACAAUCAACUAUCAAGGAAAAUACCUGCGAGUUUAGGAAAAUGCAAGACUUUGGAGCUGGUGGACAUGGCACACAACAAACUAACAAGAAAUAUACCUUCUAAAGUUGUAGGUCUGCAGAAUCUUGAGUUCUAUUUCAAUGUUUCUGGGAAUUUACUGCAGGGUUCUAUUUUGGAAAUGAGCAAAAUGGUUAUGGUUUUAGCUAUAGAUGUUUCUCAAAACAAUUUCUCGGGUGGCAUUCCCAGUGCACUGGAAAGCUGCAAGGGGUUAAUGUAUCUAAAUCUUUCUGGGAAUGCAUUUGAGGGGCCAAUUCCUGUAUCAUUGGUAAAUCUAAAAAAUCUAUAG